UACAAGGCAAAGGGCAGGGGUAGGUCAAAGAGAGGAAUGUCCUGUGCUUUCAUCGUGAGUAGUGUUCCAUGGAGGUCGAGAAGGGAAAUGUUAAUAGGAACAGCUGCUAAUAAUGGUUGGGAGAGAGAAGCACAGAAAAGGUAUUGGGAGGAAUUGGGGUGGGUUGUUAAGGGAAGAAGGUCAGCUGCAAAUUGGAUGUACUAUAGCCAGGAGAGGGUAGCUCGCAGCACCUUCAGAGACUGAUUUUCCUGUUGCAUAAUAUUAGCAUGGGUAAAGGCUGAUUUGGAGGCAGGACCAAGCUCAUGGGAGAUGUGCAGGUCAGCAACUGGAUGUUUGGCAUAGCCAUUGGGUUAAAGUUUACCCAUGACUCCCGUCUGCCAACGUUCAUCCCAUGGAUCGCUGAUGGAAAGAUGAAAAUGAAUUUUAAGGUUGGUGAGCUUGGUGCUACCAUGACCGGUGGAUUCCAUUCUGCAGCUCCAGUAUCUGCAACCUCCAUAUGUAGAGACCUCCUGGAGACUUUCACCCGUGUUUUGGGGAAAAUACUUGAAAACAUUGGUCUUAUGAAAUAUGAAGAAUUUUUGUCCUUAUUUGUGAGAAUGCAGCUGACAAAACCAGUUUCAGAUGAAAACAUCACAGUGAUUGACACAGACUUCAGUGACAUCCCUGUUCGCCUGUAUUUACCCAAAAGGAAAUCUGAAAGGCAGAGACCAGCUGUCAUUUAUAUUCAUGGUGGUGCCUUUACCCUAGGAAGCUGCAAGAUGCUUCCCUAUGACUACCUGAACCGAUGGACAGCAAACAAGCUUGAUGCUGUUGUUGUGGGAAUAGACUACAGGCUUGCUCCUCAGUAUCCAUUCCCAGCUGCACUUGAAGAUUGUGUUCUUGUGAUAAAGUACUUUCUCCAGGACACAAUUGUUACAAAGUAUGGAGUAGAUCCCACUCGCAUUUGUAUUUCUGAAGACAGUUCUGGAGGUACACUGGCAACAGCAGCAACUCAAAUGCUCCAGAAUAAUUCAGAACACAAAAUUAAGGCACAAGCCUUGCUAUAUCCUGGACUACAGUUUAUCGACACCUUGAUGCCAUCUCAUCGAGACUAUGAAUAUGGUCCCUUUCUUUCAAGGGAGACAGCAAUGAAGUUGGCAUGCCUAUAUGUGACUGAAGACACAGCACUGCCCCAGGCUAUGAAGAGAAAUGAACACAUGCCCAAAGGAUCAAGACACCUGUUUAACUUUGUUAACUGGAGUGACUUCCUUCCUGAGAAGUAUAAAAAGAACUAUGUUUAUACUGAGCCCACUCUUGGAAAGCUAAAUGUUUUCUAUCCAGCACUUGUGGAUAGCAGGCUAUCCCCUUUGCUAGUCAAUGACUCCCAGUUACAGAGUUUGCCAUUAACGUACAUCCUCACUUGUGAACAUGACUUUCUAAGAGAUGAUGGUCUUAUUUAUAUCACAUGGCUUAGAAAUGUUGGGGUUCAAGUUACUCAUGACCACCUAGAAGAAGGGAUACAUGGAGCCAUAUCACUCAUUACAGAGCCAUACAAUUUACAUGUAGGAUUAACAAUAAGAGAUAAGUAUAUCAGUUGGUUAGAAAAAAACUUAUAA